CUGGUAAAAGAGAAGUUUGAGAAGAUGAGAGAUCCACAACCAUGCAGAACGGAGAAUGAAGAUACAGAGGAACAAAAAGAUAUGAUGGAAGUGAAUAAGGACAGUCAAGCUGAAGUGAAUGAAGCGGAUGGGAAACAUCAGAAUGUAAAAACAAAAUGUCAUGUUCGACAGAAAGGAUCUCUGAGAAGGAGAGACAAAAUGUGUAAAAAGAGUUUCAGAAAAGUUGGAGGCCCUGCGGAUCACAUGAGGACUCAAAAUGGAAAGAAACCAUUUACAUGUCAUCUGUGUGGAAAGAGCUUCAGAAUCAAAGCACUCUUUAACGCACAUAUGAGAAUUCACACUGGAAAGAAACCAUUUAAAUGUCAUACAUGUGAAAAGUUUUUCACAUGUUAUAGUGCCCUCGAUAUACACACAAGAACUCACACUGGAGAAAAGCCGCACAAAUGCCAGCAGUGUGGAAAGAGUUUUGCCAUUGAAAGUAACCUUAAAAGACACAUGAGAGUUCACACCGGAGAAAAACCUUUUGAAUGUCAUCAAUGUGGAAAGUUUUUCAGAUUUUAUAGUGCCCUUAAGGAACACAUGAGAAUUCACACUGGAGAAAAACCGUACAAAUGCCAGCAGUGUGGAAAGCGUUUUGCCAUUGGAAGUUACCUUAAUAAACACAUGAGAAUUCACACUGGAGAGAAACCUUACACAUGUCAUCAGUGUGGUAAGAGUUUUGCCAUUGAAAAUAACCUCAAGAUACACAUGAGAAUUCACACUGGAGAGAAACCAUUCAAAUGCAGUCAGUGUGACAAAUGUUUCACCCAAAAAGCAUGUGUUAAAACGCACAUGAGAAUUCACACUGGAGAGAAACCAUUCAAAUGCAGUCAGUGUGACAAACGUUUCACCCAAAAAUCAUGUGUUAAAACACACAUGAGAAUUCACACUGGAGAGAAACCAUUCACAUGUAAACAGUGUGGGAAGAGUUUUGCCCAUAAAUCAACCAUGGACUACCACAUGAGAAUUCACACUGGAGAGAAACCGUUCAAAUGCAGUGAGAAUGAGAAGAGUUUUACCACUAGAAGUAACCUUAAUACAAACAUGAGAAUUCUCACAGAAGAGAAACCAUUCAAAUGCAGUCAGUGUGACAAACGUUUCGCCCAACAAUCAGGUGUUGAUAGACACAUGAGGGUUCACACCGGAGAGAAACCUUUUGAAUGUCGACAAUGUGGAAAGUUCUUCGGAUGUUCCGGUGCCUUCAUUAAACACAUGAGAAUUCACACUGGAGAGAAACCUUACUCGUGUCAUCAUUGUGGUAAGAGUUUUGCCCAACAUUCAGGUUUAACAACGCACAUGAGAACUCACACCGGAGAGAAACCGUUCAAAUGCAGUCAGUGUGACAAAAGUUUCACCCAACAAUCAGGUGUUGAUAAACACAUGAGAACUCACACCGGAGAGAAACCGUUCAAAUGCAGUCAGUGUGACAAAAGUUUCACCCAACAAUCAGGUGUUGAUAGACACAUGAGGGUUCACACCGGAGAGAAACCUUUUGAAUGUCGACAAUGUGGAAAGUUCUUCAAACGUAAUAGUGCUCUCAAUACACACAUGAGAAUUCACACUGGAGAGAAACCGUUCACAUGCCAGCAGUGUGGAAAGAGCUUUAUCACCAGUAGUAACCUUAGAAUACAUAUGAGAAUUCACACCGGAGAGAAACCGUUCAAAUGCAGUCAGUGUGACAAAAGUUUCACCCAACAAUCAGGUGUUGAUAGUCACAUGAGAAUUCACACUGAAGAUAAACCUUACAAAUGCAGUGAGUGUACGAAGAGUUUUACCACUGGAAGUGACCUUAAUACACACAUGACAAUUCACACCGGAGAGAAACCAAUCAAAUGCAGUCAAUGUGACAAAAGAUUCAUCCACAAAUCAAGUCUUGAUAGACACAUGAAAAUUCACACUGGAGAGAAAACAUUUAAAUGUCAGCAAUGUGGAAAGUUUUUCGACUGCUAUAGUAACCUUAACACACACAUGAGUGUUCACACUGGAGAAAAACCGUUCAAAUGCAGUCAGUGUGACAAAAGUUUUGCCCAGCAAGGUGGUGUUAAUAAACACAUGAAAAUUCACACCGGAGAAAAACCUUUUGAAUGUCAUCAAUGUGGAAAGUUUUUCAGAUCCUCUAAUAGCCGUAAUACACACAUGAGAACUCACACUGGAGAGAAACCGUUCACAUGCCAGCAGUGUGGAAAGAGCUUUACCACCGCUGGUCACCUUAAGGAACACAUGAGAGUUCACACCGGAGAGAAACCUUUCGAAUGUCAUCAAUGUGGAAAAACGUUCAGCGGUUAUAGUAGCCUAUAUGCACACAUGAGAAUUCACACAGGAGAGAGAGCGUUCACCUGUCAUCUGUGUGGAAAGAGCUUUAUCACCGGUGGUCAGCUUAAGACACACAUGAUAACUCACACUUGCAGUCAGUGUGGAAAGAGUUUCCGGGACAAAAAUACACUUAAGAUACACAAAAAAAUUCACACCGGAGUAAAACCUUUUGAGUGUCAUCAAUGUGGAAAAUUUUUCAGAUGCUCUAGUAGCCGUAAUAUACACAUGAGAAUUCACACCACAGAGAAACCGUUCACAUGCCAGCAGUGUGGAAAGAGCUUUACCACCUCUAGUCACCUUAAGGAACACGUGAGAAUUCACACCGGAGAGAAACCUUUCGAAUGUCAUCAAUGUGGAAAAACGUUCAGCAGUUAUAGUAACCGUUAUGCACACAUGAGAAUUCACACCACAGAGAAACCUUAGCGUGUAGACGCUUUGAAGAAUCACAUGGGAACUCACACUGGAAUCUUACAGUCCACAUGAGGGUUCACACUGGAGAGAAACCAUUUACGUGUAAACGGUGUGGGAAGAGUUUCACAUGGAAAUGUAGUUUCAGAACUCUCACUUUGGAAAAAAGCCAUUAAAAUGUGAUGAGUGCGGUAAAAUGUUUAAAUCCUCAUCAUAUCUGAUGAUACACAGAGUGUUUGUCUGUUUGAAAUUUAAAAAAGCAUGUUGGUUCGAGAUGUCAUACGUGCUUUGAGUGUGAACAAUGUACUACUGGACCCCAAUGUUCAGUUUGGGACCCCUAGACCCUGUUCAAGUUUUUUAUUCUGAUAUUUCAUGACUUUUUUUAAUUAACAUAAGAUAAAUUGAGAAUUUUGAAAGUUUUUUUACUUAUUGACUGCACAUGUGAUGAACCCAGUAAUAAAGGUUAUUCUGACCACAAUUUAUUUUUUGCAUGCUUGUAAUCUGUUUGGUACCUCAGGUCAACAGAAAACACUAACGUAAAACAAAUUUUUAAGUCAAAUUAUAGCACAUUUUUUUUCUAUUUGUAACUUAUAAUCAACCUAAUAGUAUAAAUGGAACGAAACAAGUUUUUUUAUAUAAAUACAAUUAAACUUUAUCAUUCUUUCCAUCAAAUAAGAAGUGAAGCAAAUCUAGAGAGAAUAAAAGGAUUACCAAAAUAUUUUACAAGUUUGAGUAUAUGAAUCUAGUAUAACUUUUUUCAAUUUUUUUGUGCUAAACACAACAGUGCACACGCCAGGGUCUGUCAAUUUAAAACUUUUAACAUUUUUGAUGUUGAGACCCAUUCUCCUAUAUUUAUUUAUAAAUCUUUGUAUAAUUCUUGCAUUUGUGUAAUAAAAAAAAUCU